UAUCGGUAAGCCCUCCAAUCGAACUUAUUUGUUGACAUCGUCAUCCGGUUGAACCGGUCCAGUAAAUAAAGGCGAUUCAACAGUCGAACGAGUCCAAGAGCGCGGCGAGCCUGCCUGCACCUGAAAGCUGAAACGGGUCGCACAAAAAAGCAAGCGGGCGAAAAAGAAAAAGAUGACAAGAAAAGAACGCCGUGUGAAGCAUGUGACGCGCAACCUCCCCCGCAACGUAGGAAAAAGAAGAAGAAGAGAAAGCAAGCGAAGCGACGGCCCGGCUCCUUCCGCCAGCCUUCCCUGACGCCACACGUCACUCGCGCGACGCGACGGCGAGCCGCCCACCAACCGGGUCAAAAAUACCCACCGAUCGGACCCCCGCCCGCACACGCGACGCGACGCUCGGGCUCGCGGCUAGCCCGCCCACCCCGCACCGGCGCCCCCGCGCCUAGAUCCCGAUCCGCCGCGCCUCGCCAUGGCCGACUGCCGCAGCCUCAUCGAGUUCCUCCGCGCCUUCGAGCACCGCCGCCGCGCCUCGCCCUCGCCGUGCGCCCGCCCCCGCCGCGCGGCCUCCUCCUCCUCGUCGCCAUCGUCGCGGGGAAGGCUCUUCACCUCGCUCUGCGACAACCCGCCCCCGACCGCCGCGCUCGACGCGCUCGCCCUGCUCGCCGUGCUCGGCGCGCUCGCCUUCCUGGCCGCGCCCUACGCCAGGCUGCUGGCGCGCGAGGCCGCCGACCUGGUGCGGCAGUACCCGGAGGAGCCCUACUCGUACGUCGCCUUCGCGGCGGGCGCCGGCGCGGCCGUGGCGGCCGUGGCGGGCCUGCUCGCGUGGGAGGCGGCCGGCCACCACGCGCGCAAGUGCGGCCGGCCCCGCUGCCGCGGCCUGCGCAAGGCCGUCGAGUUCGACAUCCAGCUCGAGACGGAGGAGUGCGUGCGCGGGAGCGGCCGGCUGCUGCCGCCCGGCGGCCACGCCAAGACGCUCCUCGCGGCCGCCGGCUCCGCCGCGCGCCUCGUCGAGCUCGGCGAGGAGCACCGGGAGCUCGAGGCGGAGCUCCGGAAGAUGGCGCCCCCCAACGGCCGCUCCGUGCUCAUCUUCCGCUCCCCCUGCGGCUGCGCCAAGGGCAGGAUGGAGGUCUGGGGCGCCAAGAAGGUGCGCCGGAUCAAGAAGUAGUAGUAGUAGCAGCGAUGAGUGGAUGACACCGGCGCUCACUGCUCUCCAUAAUAAACUAGUUUUCUAGUUAUUAUUCCAUACUCUAUAAUACAGUGCUCUUGCUCUUGUGGCAAGUAUAGAUGAGAAUAAGGAGAGGAACAAAGGAAUAGAUACAUGUCUUCUUAUAUGACUUGUGAUGCACAUCACCCCCCAAGAUUAUACAUAGCUUUGCUCUUCCAUUUGCAGUUUUUAAUCGAAUUAUUAUGCUAUAAA